UCAGCCAGCAUUAGUUGUCCAUAACUCAAUUGGAUUGUUGUGCGCGAGAGCUUUUUCCCUGCAGAAGAACGUUCGAGGAAAAAAAAGUCAGAGAAAUGUUGAAAACAGUGUGUGGGGUGAUUUUCUUCUCAUUAGUGGCCUCUGCGGCAAAAUUGCCGAGUGAGAUCCCAAAGUGCGGCUAUGAGGAGCAUGAUUGUAUAAUUGAGCGAACAAAUUGGGUACUGAAGAAUCGCCCCGAAGGUAUACCAGCCAUCAAGCUCCUGCAAUUUGACCCAAUCGAUGUGCCCUCAAUGAGUAUCGUCCAGGGUGGCAAUAGUCCCGUCAAUAUUGAUCUUCAGUUCCGAAAUGUGAAAUUCUUCGGCCUCAAUACGGCUGUUGUGCACAGAGUUUCUGGAUUUGGGAAGAAUGUAGAUCAGAGAAUUGAACUGGAUCUCAAGGCGCCACAGAUCUCCCUCAUUGGUCCGUACACCAUUAAUGGUCGCGUCCUCAUUCUUCCCGUUCAGGGCAAGGGCGACAGCAACAUCACGUUGGAUAAUGUUGAUGUGAAAAUUCGACUCACAGGAAAGAAAAUCACAAAGAACGGAAAAGAUUACCUGCAGACGGAUGACCUAAAGUUGACAUUCAAGACAACACGCGCGUGGAUCUACUUGGGCAAUCUCUUCAACGGUGACCAAACCCUCGGACCCACAACCAAUGAUUUCCUCAAUGAGAACUGGAAGGAGAUCUUUGGGGAGCUGCAGUCGGUGAUUGAGGAUGCCUUCAGUAAAAUCAUCCAGACACUCUUCAACAAUGUCUUCGCUGCUCUGCCCUAUCAUACAGUCUUCAAGCAGGGCGGCGACUGAUGAUGCUGCACCCACGCAUCACCUAAAUCAAUGCCAAGGAGCUAUUAAACUAUUUAUUUUUGUUACUCUUUUCUAUAAACUGUUUUUUUUAGUGCUGUGAAUAAUAAGGAAAACGAAUUUUA